AUGUCGGACGGUCUUGUACAACGACGUAAAACGGCCUUGGCAUCUAUCAAAAAUGAUGAGAAUGCAAAAGAUAUUGAUAAUAUCGAUAGUGAUGAUUCUAAAGGCGAGUACGACGAUGACAAAGCUACAAGAUUAACGUUAAUGGAACAAAUCUUGUUGCUGGGUUUGAAGGAUAGGGAAGGUUAUACAUCAUUUUGGAAUGAUUGCAUUAGUAGUGGUCUUCGGGGAUGCAUUCUCACUGAGCUGGCGCUGAGAAAUCGGAUUGAAUUAGAAAAAUCUGGAAUGCGGAAGAAGAGUUUGAUGAGUAGGAAGGUCUUAUUGAAAAAUGAUCAACCCACAGGCGAUGUGAUUUUGGAUGAAGCACUAAAGCAUAUCAAGGAAACACAACCACCGGAAACCGUGACAAGUUGGAUUGAAUAUCUCAGUGGUGAAACUUGGAAUCCACUCAAAUUGCGUUAUCAGCUUCGGAAUGUGCGUGAACGAUUGGCGAAAAAUUUGGUCGAAAAAGGUGUAUUAACAACGGAGAAGCAAAAUUUCUUUCUCUUCGACAUGACUACCCAUCCACUUCAUGAUGGCAAUAUGAAACAGAAACUGAUAAAGAAGGUACAGGAAACUGUACUGUCACGAUGGGCUAAUGAUGUACACAGAAUGGAGAAAAGAUUGAUAUCGUUGAUAGUGUUGGCUCAUGCCAGCGAUGUUUUAGAAAAUGCUUUUAACGCUCUUUCAGAUCAGGAUUAUGAAAUAGCAAUGAAGCGUGUACGAUCUUUACUUGAACUUAACUACGACGCUGAAAGCGAAAAGAAAAGAGAUUCAUGCGUUGAUGUGAUGUGGGCCGUUUUUGGUGCCUUCAACAAAUGA